AUGUCUGAUCUCUGCCCCGUCUACGCUCCCUUCUUUGGUGCCCUCGGCUGCACUGCCGCUAUUGUCUUCACAUGCUUUGGCGCUUCUUACGGUACUGCCAAGUCCGGUGUCGGUAUCAUGGUUACCACCGUCAUUAGACCCGACCUUCUCGUUAAGAAUAUCGUCCCCGUCAUUAUGGCUGGUAUCAUUGCCAUUUACGGUCUCGUCGUUUCUGUCCUUGUCUCUGAUUCCCUGAAACAACAACAAGCUCUCUACACUGGCUUCAUCCAGCUCGGUGCUGGUCUCUCGGUCGGUCUUGCUGGUCUUGCUGCCGGUUUCGCUAUUGGUAUUGUCGGUGAUGCUGGUGUCCGUGGUACUGCUCAACAACCCCGUCUUUUCGUCGGUAUGAUUCUUAUUCUCAUUUUCGCCGAAGUCUUGGGUCUUUACGGUCUCAUUGUUGCUCUUUUGCUUAACUCUAGAGCCACUCAGGACGUUGUCUGCUAA